GUCGUUGAGGACCUGCAAUGAUCCAAUGCUCAUGCGGGCUUCCUCCGCCAUCAUGCGCUUGAGCUCUUGGCUUGGCCGCAGCGAUCGACCUCACAAAUUCGGAUCUCGUCGCUCAUUUACAGCGGUUCUGCUGGCCCUCGGAGGUUUUAUUUUAUUCUACCUUUUUGUCUUGCCACAGAUUCUUAGGUUCAGAUUCCGAUUUGGCUUGAGCAGGUAUGAUUUGGGAUUUUAUGGAUUUGGUCCUUCACGAACAUACCACUCUUUCGACGAGGAGUCCCCGAUUGUUGAGAUUUCUCCCGCCGGCGCAAAAUGCGACCAACGAUAUACCUUCCUCGCCCCACGAGGUGAUUCCGUCAAACACCCUGGGCCAAUGAUCCUCGACGCUCAGGGCGAGCUUGUCUACAAAAAAUACAAUUGGGGGACUACUCAGGAUUUCAAAGUCCAACACUACAAGGGCGAAGAUUACGUCACAUACUGGCAGGGAGAUGAAGAAGACGGGCAUGGUCGCGGAUCGUGGUAUAUGCUGGACUCGACCUAUACCCCUAAAUACAUUAUAUCCCCUGUUGGCAUUCUUCAGGGCGAUCUACAUGAUAUCCAAUUUACAGUCAACGACACCGCGAUCCUCACCAUUUACGAACCCAUCCCUGCCGAUUUGACAUCCGUCGGAGGCCCCGAACUCGGAUGGCUUUACGAAGGUGUCGUGCAAGAAGUUGACAUCGCGACUGGCGAACUACUCUUCGAAUGGCGAUCUUACGAACCGUUGGGCGACAGGGGUCACGAACGUACCCUCGGAUAUGAUUAUUUCCACAUGAACAGCGUGGACAAGAACGACGAGGGCCACUACCUUGUGUCUGCGCGACACACACACACGGUCACCUGCAUCGAUUCGAGCGGCCAGGUACUCUGGACCCUGGGCGGAAAAUACAACGAAUUCGACGACGAUGGUGUCGCAACCAGCUUCAAGUGGCAGCACGACGCCCGCUGGCGCGGACCUAACCGGAUAACGCUGUUAAAUAACGCGGCUAACGACAACGAAGACCUGUCCGCGGUUAGCCAAGGUCUCCUGCUCGAGUUGGAUAUCCCUGCGCGCGAAGCCAAGGUCGUGACAAAAUACGACCACCCACAGCACAUGAUGGCCGUUACACAGGGUAACGUUCAGGUACUCGAUACCGGGAAUGUGUUGAUUGGAUGGGGCCACAGUGCCGCGUUUACCGAAUUCUCGGCCGAUGGUGAAGUGGUCUGUAACACGCACUUUGGCGCCUCGGCCUACUUCACGUUUGGCCGGACAAUGUCAUACCGAGUCUUCAAGGACAAUUGGGUCGGCAUGCCAGACACUCUCCCCGAUGCCGCGAUGGUAGGGGACAGCGUGUUUGUCAGUUGGAACGGAGCGACUGAAGUCGCUUCAUGGGCUCUCGAAGCCUGGGAUGGGGACAACCUCACAAACAUGACAUUUUCCGUUGUUGACGAGGUUCCACGUUCUGGAUUUGAGACAGAGGUUCCAUUCACGCCUGCCGUUACCUCCUACUUCCGUGUUGCCGCUGUUAAUGCAAAGGGUGAGGUUAUCGGCAGGACGGAGGUUGCUUCGCGAGGCUCAACGCCCCAGGCAAGCUUCUCAUCCGAUCAUCCGUGGGGCGUUACGAUCAUUAUGGUCUUUUCUUUGGGUUGUCUUUUGUGUGGAUUAUACUGCGCUGUGUUCCGUCGUUUACGGCGCCGUAGAGCGGCUACGGGCGGACUAUACCAGCUGGUUACGCCCAAAGAUGAUGAGGAGAGUAAUGAGAAUGGCCAUCUCCCGAUCUAA